GAUAUAAAUUUAUGUGUGAGUUUCAAGUUGGAUCUCUUGGGUCUGUAUGAAUUUGGUUCUAAUGUACAAAAAAACUAAAAAUAUUCAAAUAACGAAUGUAUUUGAAAAUAGUUUGGAUAUUUGAACAAAAAAUAAUCAUAUUAUCCGGUUCGAUCCGGAUCUUUUGAAUACAAUUAGUUAUAUAGAUACAUAUCUAAAAUAUAUAACACUAAUCAUGAAAAAUAAGUAUCAAUGCAUAAAUACGUAAAAAACUAAUACCUACGCGGAUGCGCGGGUCAAGCUCUAGUGCUUCUUAAUUGUGAAACCACAUCCAACAGUAGAAUAAAUAAUGUAUAAGGUUACAUAUGGCUUUUAUGUUCAAAAAUUGCCACUAUAAAUAAUACUUUUCAUUAAAUUAACCAUGAUUGUCAUUUGAAAAAAAAAAAAAAAACCAUUGAUCAGGCAUCAGUUGUCUACCCUUGAAUUAACAUAAUUUAAUACUACUAGAAUUCUUGCCGCGCUACGCACGGAUUGUACCUUAUAAACUUAUUUAACAUCUUUAUUAUUAUUAUUUUUGAAAUUCAUUUUACAUCUUUAUAUGUUUGAAUAUUUUAUACCAUUUUAAUUUUCAAUAAAUUAAAAUGUCUAAGGUAAUGUGUAACAUAUGGUGAUGGAUUUGAGUUUUCAUUGUGAUUUUUUGAACUGAUAAAUUUCACUUUGUUUUUUAUUUUACAUUUAUGUAAUUUUUCAGCUGUUAUUUUUUUGAUCGGGUGUUAAUUAUAAAUCUAUUGACUAUUUUAAAAUAGGAAAAAUAGUAUAUAAUAAUGUUUGGUAUCUGUUUCAUCCAAAAAAAUUGUAUAUCCAUGAAUAUAAAAUAUUUAAAUUUUUGUUUUAAUCCAAAUUUUUAAUGCUCUUAUACUUUGAAAAAUAAACUGUUUUAACUUAAUAGUUUGAUUUGUUUUUUUUUUAAUUUAUUCAUAUCACCAAACUACUGAAAACAAAUAUAUAUAAGUUUAGUUUAUUAUAUAUUUUAAGUUAUCUCUUAGCUAAAAUUUUACUAUUAAUUUUAUAACAUUUUUGUAAUAAAUUAUUUGUAUAUGUUUAUACAUUAUUUGAUUUUAAAAACUAUUUGUUUCAUCAUUUUUUGUGCCAAUUUGAAUUAAUGAUUCUUAAUUAUAUAGUAUAGAUGUAACAAAAUUAUCUGAAAGUGGAACAUAUUUUUAAAAUGAUAGGGUAGACAUAAUUGUUUUCAAGGAAGUUGUGUUGGAGGUGAGAGAAUAAUCAGCUUCACUCACUGUUAUUUAGAGUCAAAGUCAAGUUUGAGAAACUGGUGUUCAUGUUAUUACCAUAUUUCUUUUUCUUGCAAGCUUUUAUUACUUGUCUAAUCGAUGUGCUUCUAAAACAGAUUUUGCAUUCAAACGGAACUUUAUUGCUUUGUUCAAGCGUGCUUACAUUACUUUUAAGUAUGCUAAAUCAUUUUAAGAUCUUAGUAACUAUGACCAUGCUAAAUCAUUUUAAGAUCUUAGUAACUCUGACCAUCUGGAGCGAGGACUUUGGGAUGCAACUUAUUGGGAAUGCUUGCUCGAGCUGAAUUACUUGACUUUUGUUUGAUGUAAAACUCUUUAGAUAUAUUAAAAUAAAUGGAAAAUACACCCUUCAAUGUUAACCUUUAGGGCAUUCUACUUACAUUGAAUAAACUAUCCUAUCAUGUGCUGCCUAUUUCCAAUGUUGCAGGUUCUCAAUGGUCUACUUAGUAGAAGCAGUCCCUAUGAGAUUGGAGUGUCAUAAGCUCCGGUAAUCCUGCCGGAGCUUCAUCUUCUCCAGCUUAUCCUGCUCAAGGAAACAGUUCACGAAUGUACACAUUAGACCAUAUGCAAUAAGAUUUUUAGGCUGGUGAUAACUGAUUUUACUUAAAGCUAAUACAUCAAUUAAAUUUAAAGCUAAAGCUACAAAAUCUACAGGUUAAAUUUUUUUAAAAAAAUAAAGCAAAAGAUCCGAAGCUACAUCCUAUACCAUUCAACCCCAUCAUAUAGAGAUGAAGAACGAAAGAAGAGAAAAAACAAUAGAAAGAACCUCAAAGAAUUCACUUUUCUUUGUCAUCGGCAUGGCGUACGGAAACGUUAGAUACACAGCUUCUAAGCUCUGAACUUUCUGGUUCGCGUAAUUUCUGGAAUCCAUGAACACUCUCGGCUCUGGCUGAAACCAAAAGCUGGGAUUUAGUCAACUCACUAAUAGUUUUUGAACCAUGCCAUGUGGCAGUUGAGGAAGAGUGACUUCUGCGAAAAGACAUAUGUUAUCCUUAAAUUGAGUCUCCUAAGUAUCACAAUCUUUCUUCAAGUUAUUUUUAAAAUGUAUCACAAAGUCUUUUGCCAUGUACACACUCUCUAGCUCAAAUUUGUCGAAUCCAACCUUCUUCAAAGCCACUAUCCUCCAAGUUUCAGUCUCUUGUGCACGGAAGACACUAUGGUUCAUCCAUUUUCAAAUCUUUAAUAUCUCCAAAAAAGAAAAAAAUAGAGCUAAUAAUUUUCCAUUAACUACAAAAAUUCAGACGCAAGCACAUUCAAAUGUAUUCAUCACAUAACAUAAUGAAAAAUAAAUGAGCUAAAAAUUCAAAAUAUUGUACUUGAUUGAGUUGUCGAGCUCUUGCGCAGUUGUGCAAUCAAAGCUCCAUAGAAAUAAACGUGUUACCAUGGUGGUAAUCGUUCCCUUCACCAUUUUCUCUUGAUUUCAGACAUGAAACCAAUCAAAGCUCAAUGGAAAUGAAAAUCUCAUAGAGAAUUUUUGUAACUAUAAAUGUCGUAACCUUGUUAUUUUUUCAAAAGCAUCAGAUCAAAACUGGAUCCGGCUGUAGAUAGCUUCGCCAGAAAAGUUGCUUAGCCACACAUGCAUGGAAGCCGGUGGCGGCCAACUGUGAGGGAAAUUCUGGCUGCGGAAGGAUACAUCGGCAUAUUUAUAUGGAGCUAGUAGAAUUAGUGGAAGAUGACAGUUACAGAUCUAGGUAACUAAGAAAAUGAUAAGAUUUUUGAUGACUAUUGAUUUUUUUUAAACUGUAGAGAAGGGAUAGAGAAAAAGCAUGUGAAGGUGAGGAAAAAGAUUCGGCUGAAUAAAUGUAGGUCAUAUUUAAUCUUUUGGAAAUUUGUUGUUUAAAGAAAAUGGAUUUCGUUGUAAUAUGAUUAGAGAACAGACUUCGAUUAAGGUUGGAUUUUAUUUAGGCUUGUUAAACUAAAAAUGAUGUGUAACUUUAAUUGAAUAUAAAUAUUUUUGCUGAUGUGGCAUAACUUAGGAGUCUCUAAAUUAGUUCAUUUUAUAUAGUAGAGAUUCAGUUCAUCUUUUAAUAGUAGAAUUUAAAUUUUUUUUAAAUGAUUUGAAUUUUUUUGUAUAAUUGAUAAGACAGCGGGGAAAUAUUUUACGUACUCAUUAACAUACAUUUCAAAAGAAACAUAAAAUAAAUAAUAUACGUUUAGAUUUGAUCAGUACACUUUAUUUUGCUAGUUACUGAUUGCCACAAUUUGUGUUGUUUUUUUUUUUUUUUUGGUCAAACCACAAUUUGUGUUGUUAUUUUAGUAAAUUUUAGCAACAACAAAUUAGGAUACAUGUGAAAGUUUUUCCAUGACGGAAGAAGAAUAAAGGACUUACCCGCUUUAGUGUGACUCUAUAAAGGAAAGGUACCAUAUUGUACGGUAAUUGUUUGUUCUUAUGGUCUAACGUAUAUUACAUUUGAACGGAUCAUAUUUUCCUAUUAGCCAAGAAAAAUGAUUUUUUUUUAUCAAUAUUUCCAACGUAUAUUACAUUUGAACGGAUCAUAUUUUUCUCUUUAACCAUCAUCCAUUCAUCUCUUUUUUUUCUAUUAAAGUUAAGAUGUAUGAUCAGAGAAGACCUUUGAUUUUUGUUUACUUUUAGCUGAAACGAAGACUCUUGGUUACAACUUACAACUAGAAAAUCUGCUCGGUGAUUUUAAAUAGAUUUAUUAAGUAUCGUCAUCACAUACAGACAUACAGUAGUAAUUUAUAUAUUCCCAUGUCUUUUAUAUUUACAACUACAUGCGAAUCACUAAACCGUAUAGGGUUAGGAGUUAGGACCAUAGAGUGAAAGUUGUUAAGAGAUUUGGCAGAUAUCAUCUUCUAAUCUAAUAAUGUUUCUCUUACAUAACUCUUAAUAAUGUAAUUAAGGGUUUAUUAAUAUGUCUCCCUAAUUUAAUUGGUGAAGCCAGAAUCGAAAGUCCACCAUCAACCCCAUCUUCCUUCUUUUUAUAGAGACACAAGAGACGCCCUUUCUUCUCCGUGUCUUUCUGUCUCAACUCUGUCAACAUGUCAGGACCUCUAACUUGCUCUGUGUCCGAUCUCUCCACCAUGCUCGGUCCCAACGCCACCGCGGCGGCUGAAUACAUAUGCGGCCAAUUAGGCACCGUAAACAACAAGUUCACCGAUGCAGCCUACGCCGUAGACAACACCUAUCUUCUCUUCUCUGCCUACCUCGUCUUCUCCAUGCAGAUAGGCUUUGCGAUGCUCUGUGCUGGCUCCGUUAGAGCCAAGAACACAAUGAACAUCAUGCUCACCAAUGUCCUUGACGCUGCAGCCGGAGGACUCUUUUACUAUCUUUUCGGUUACGCCUUUGCCUUUGGCGGAUCCUCUGAAGGUUUCAUCGGAAGGCACAACUUUGCUCUUAGAGACUUCCCGACCCUCACGUCCGACUACUCUUUCUUCCUCUACCAAUGGUCAUUCGCAAUCGCAGCUGCUGGAAUAACCAGCGGUUCUAUCGCGGAGAGGACUCAGUUUGUGGCUUACUUGAUCUACUCUUCUUUCUUAACCGGAUUUGUUUAUCCUGUUGUGUCUCACUGGUUCUGGUCCCCGUUCGGAUGGGCUAGUCCCUUCCGUUCAGCAGAAGACCGUUUGUUUAACACCGGAGCCAUAGAUUUUGCUGGCUCCGGUGUUGUUCACAUGGUAGGUGGCAUAGCAGGAUUAUGGGGUGCUCUCAUCGAAGGUCCUCGACGUGGCCGGUUUGAGAAAAGUGGUCGCGCUAUUGCACUACGUGGCCACUCCGCCUCCCUUGUCGUCUUGGGAACGUUCCUUCUUUGGUUCGGUUGGUACGGUUUCAACCCCGGUUCAUUCACCAAGAUCCUCGUUCCGUAUGAAACCGGUUCUAGCUACGGCCAAUGGAGCGGAAUAGGACGGACAGCGGUUACAACCACGCUUGCUGGAUCCACCGCAGCUCUAACCACACUCUUCGGUAAACGUCUUCUCUCUGGCCACUGGGCCGUGACAGACGUAUGUAACGGGCUACUCGGUGGGUUCGCCGCCAUAACAGGGGGUUGCUCUGUGGUAGAGCCCUGGGCUGCGAUCGUAUGUGGAUUCGUGGCUGCCCUAGUUCUCAUCGGCUGCAACAAGCUCGCGGAGAUCGUACAGUAUGAUGAUCCCCUUGAGGCGGCGCAACUACACGGAGGAUGUGGUGCGUGGGGGUUGAUAUUCGUAGGGCUUUUUGCAAAGGAGAAGUAUCUAAACGAGGUUUACGGCGAGACACCUGGAAGGCCAUAUGGACUGUUAAUGGGUGGAGGAGGGAAGCUGUUGGGAGCACAAUUAGUUCAAAUACUUGUGGUUGCAGGAUGGGUUAGUGCUACCAUGGGAACACUCUUCUUCUUGCUCAAAAGGCUCGGUUUGCUGAGGAUAUCGGAGAAGGAUGAGAUGGCCGGUAUGGAUAUGACACGUCACGGUGGUUUUGCUUAUAUGUACUAUGAUAAUGAUGAUGAGUCUCACAGGGCCAUUCAGCUCCAAAGAGUUGACCCUGGAUCUCCUUUCCCUCGUUCUGUUACUCCUCCUCGCGUUUAAUUUUCAAGCUUCUUGUAAUUAUAUUAACUGUUAAGUAUUGUUGGGGUUAUGGUUUUCGAAAUACAAACUUUGUUUGGAUAUUUGGUGAUCUAUCAUACCGUUUGAUACCUUUAUGCCAUUCUCAUAGGCGGUCAUUUAAAGCGUUUGUGUAACUUUGUGAACCAAAUACAAAUAAGUUGGUUGAUUUUAGAAAGAAAAGUAAUGAACGGUUUAGAUUAUAUUAUGUUGUAAUGAACGUGUACCAUAAAACAGUUUUGGCUAUAAAAGCUUUUUCAACUCAAUUUGGAAAGUUUUGUCAUAUAUAUAUAUAGAGUUAGUGACUUAUGUUGAAUUUGAAUCAAUCACACGUUCUUAUUAACUUAGAUCUAUAUGCACUUUAUUCUCUCUCUCUCUUCUGGCUUUCUCAUAUUUUGUGUAAGUCUGAGGCUGUUACUGUGAUCUCUGUUAAUGUGAGUGUUAUCUUGAAAUUUAGAUACAAUUUUGGAUUUUUUCACUAUUGGAUAUUUCGUUUCAGAGCUAUGAACUAUCCAGGAUAUCUUAUAUAUAUAACCUGUAGAACUGUCAUAUAGCUUUCACACUUUUGUUAUCAACUUAUUAUAUUAUAUGUAUAUUCGAGUUCGAGUUAAACCAGGACUGGAGCUAUAGGUACAUUCUGAUUUUUAAUCAAUCUAUAUAUUGCAUUGCAGUACCUGAGCUCGUCAUUUAGCUACUAAGAUUGUACGACAUUGCCUAGAUGAACUGCUUUGUUUUAUUAAUCUAUAACAUUCAUCUUUCUUGGUUAGUUUUCAUCUUCCUAGGCUAAUUCCGUAAAGUAAGGGUUUUGGGCGCCAUUGACUAUGUGAUGUGCCUCAGUACAUGGACCUGGAUCAAGAUGGCGAUCUUGUUGCACAGCUCGACCCAACUGAAGUUUCCCCAUCGGAUCAUGCCGACCGUGCCGUCUACCGUAUCGACCCGCGGACGUCCCAGAUGGAGCUAAGAAUGAAACCACGGCCUGACGAUGGAACUGACCAACCCACAUGAGUUAUUUCCCGACCAACUCAACAAGCUAAGACUGAUAGUCGAGCCAGAAGCCACUUGGGACGAGAAGAAUCCGAAGACGACCGAAGCUUCUCUCUUUUGGCCCUUUUGGUUCGUACAUCAUGUCCCGAUGACCAAACAGACGUCCUUGCCUCAGUGUUCGACCCCAUGAUGGACUUCUCUCUUAGACAUUUCUCUAAGACAAGGAUCCUUAAGCUAUCUGAAGACUUGACCCACGCAGGGACACAGCUCGUUCGUGUGGAACACCCGGCGGGCCGUACGGAUCGAACAAUGAUCCUUACCGCCAUGGACCAGACUGGUUCGAAUGAACCUGGACAGUAGCCAAAGGGUCAUUUCGACCAGAUCAAGAACCGAAGAGUUAUUUGACUAUCUUUAUGUUUUCAAUCAAUCUUUUCAUUUUCUAGAUUUGAUUAAUAUGUAAACACUUCUCAUAAGUUAUCAAUCGAUUUUUCCUUCUUAUUUUGAGUUUAUCUCUUUGUUCUUCGUUUAAGAAAACUUUCGUUGUUUUUUGGUGCGUAAUAUCCAAGUAAACAGCCUCAUUUUUGCUGGACUAGUGCGUCAUAUCAAGUAGCAACGUGAGUUGGAAAUAUCAACAGCCUUCUGCAACUGUUAUGCGACACUUCAAUCCACCAUUUCUCCCUCGUUCCUCACUGUUUCGUGGGAGAUCAUAUCAUUUCACAAUCCGGCUGAGUGAUACUAUAAUUAGGGCGUAUCAAAAUGGUAUCAGAGCCACUCUACCGAUAUUGUCUAUCCAUCUUCUCAUCUUCCAUUUUGGUAAAAGUAUAGUCAUCCAAUCCUUAGGCUUGAUGACAUGCUAGAGAGUUCAUGUCUCCUCUGUUAUCUCUAAACAUGAUUGGAAAAGUGGCUAUCACCAAAUUCGCAUGAAAGAAGGUGAUGAGUGGAAAACUUCAUUUAAAGCUAAGCUAGGAUUGUAUGAGUGGCUUGUCAUGCCUUUUGGUCUUACUAAUGCUCCUAGGACAUUCAUGCGUUUGAUGAAUCAUCUCUUACGGUCCUUUAUUGGCCAUUUUGUUGUUGUCUACUUUGAUGAUAUUCUUAUCUACAGCAAGAGCCUUGAUGAUCAUAAACUGCAUUUGAAAUCUGUUCUUGAAGUUCUUAGGAAAGAAAGGUUGUUCGCAAAUCUUGGUAAAUUCUCUUUUGGAACAGAUCACGUGGUUUUUUAGGCUUUGUUAUAGGCGCUGAUGGACUCAGGGUGGAUGAAAAGAAGAUCAAAGCCAUCCAUGACUGGUCUAGUCCAACAACCGUUGGAGAGGUGAGAAGCUUUCAUGGACUAGAUGGGUUCUACCGGAGGUUCUUUCAGAACUUCAGCACUAUAGCAGUCCCACUCACGGAAGUGAUCAAGAAGAACCUUGGUAGUGGGAACAAGCUCAAGAUGAAGCAUUUCAAAUACUUAAAGGGAAGUUAACUCAAGCUCCUUUGCUUGCUCUUCCUGAUUUCUCUAAGACUUUUAAAAUUGAAUGUGAUGCCUCAGGCGUGGGUAUUGGUGCUGCAUUGAUGCAUGAAAAGAAGCCCAUUGCAUAUUUCAGUGAGAAACUUGGAGGAGCCAUACUCAAUUACCCCAGUUACGACCAGAAACUGUAAGCUUUGGUGAGGGCUCUCCAAACGUGUCAGCAUUACCGCUGGCCAAAGGAGUUCUUGAUUCACAGAUAUCACCAAUCUUUGAAACACUUUAAGGGCCAGCAAAAGUUAAAAAAGAGGCACGCACGUUCGAUCGAGUUCAUUGAGACUUUUUCUUAUGUCAUCAAGUACAUGAAAGGUAAAUAAAACGUGGUGGAUGAUGCCUUGUCUAGGAGGUAUGUUCUUCUUUCAGCUCUUGAAACUAAGUUGCUCAGUUUUGAAUUCAUCAAGAAUUUGUAUGCAACUGAUCAUGAUUUUAAAGAGAUCUUCAAGAUAUGUUCUAAGGCCACUUAUGGGAAGUAGUAUCAAAUGUCUGAAUUUUUAUUCUUUGAUAACCGUCUUUUUGUGUCUCAAUGUUCUUUGAGGGAGUUUUUUUGUUGGGGAAGCACAUGGAGGAGGACUGAUGAGAAAUUUCGGAAUCAAGAAGACCCACAAGGUGAUUCAUGAGCACUUCCAUUGCCGAGCCUGAUGAGGGACAUGGAACGGAUAUAUGGCCGAUGUGUGGUCUGCAAGAAAGCCAAAUCCAAGGCGCAAAACCAAGGUUUUUACUCAACUUUACCCAUUUCAUCUCAUCUUUGGAUCGACAUUUCUAUGGAUUUUGUGCUUGGAUUGCCUAAGUCUAAAGCUGCUAGAGAUUAUAUCGUUGUGGUGGUUGAUAGAUUCUCUAAGAUGACUCAUUUCAUUCCUUGUUACAAAACGGAUGAUGUUGUGCAUGUAGCAGAACUAUUCUUUAGAGAUGUUGUUAGGUUGCACGGUAUGCCUAGAACGAUUGUUUCUGAUAGAGAUGCUAAGUUCCUUAGUUACUUUUGGAAGACUUUGUGGUCUAAGUUCGGAACCAGGCUGUUAUUCUCCACCACUUGUCACCCCCAAACUGAUGGAUAAACUGAGGUUGUGAACCAGAUCCAUUCAAAAGCUACAUGAAAAGGUUCGUGCCAACAAUGAAGCCAAAACAAAUAUCUAUGAGAGAAAGGUAAACAAUAAAAGGAACAAGGUCGUUUUGAAGAAGGUGAUCUUGUUUGGGUGCAUUUGAGGAAGGAACGGUUCCCAGAAGAGAGGAAGUCUAAGCUUAUGCCGCGUAUUGAUGGUCCAUUUCUGAUCAUUAAAAAAUCCGUGAUAAUGCAUAUCAGCUUAAUUUGCAAGGUAAGUAUGACAUUUUUUCUAGCUUUAAUGUUUCUGAUCUUUCUUUCUUUGUUGCAGAUGUUCCAGAUUUGUGGACAAAUCCUUUUGAAGAGGAGGGGAAUGAUGCGCCUCACUACAUGGAUCCGGGCAAGGAUGACAAUCAUGUUGCACAGCUCGACCCAACCAAGGUUUCCCCAUCGGAUCAUGCCGACCGUGCCGACCGUUUUGUCUACCAUAUCGACCCCCGCGGACGUCCGGAAUGGAGCUAAGGAUGGAGCCACGACCUGAUGAUGGAAUUGAACGACCCACAUAAGUUGUUUUCCGACCAACUCGACAUGCUAAGACUGAUAGUCGAGCCAAAAGUCACUUGGGACGAGAAGAAUCCGAAGACGACCAAAGCUUCUUCCUUUUGGCCCUUUUGAUUUGUACUGCAUGUCUCGAUGACCGAAUGAACAUCCUUGCCUCAGUGUUCGAUCCCUUGAUGGACUUCUCUCUCGGACAUUUCUCUAAGGCAAGGAUUCUUAAACUAUCUGAAGACUUGACCCACACGGGGACAGCUUGUUCGUGUAGAACACCCGGCGGGCCGUACGGAUUGAACAGCUCACGUCCUGAUCCUUACCACCAUGGACUAGACUGGUUCGGAUGAAACGGGACAGUAGCCAGAGGGUCAUUUCGACCAGAUCAAGAACCGAAGAGUUAUUUGACUAUCUUUAUGUUUUUCAGCCAAUCUUUUCAUUUUCUAGAUUUGAUUUUCUACAAAAUUUCUAAGUUUUUCUUUGAAUAUUGUUUCUAUAAAUAUGUAAACACUUCUCAUAAGUUAUCAAUCAAUUUUUCCUUUUUAUUUUGAAUUUAUCUAUUUUUUGUUUGGAUAUUUGGUGAUCUAUCAUACCGUUUGUUACCUUUAUGCCAUUCUCAUAGGCGGUCAUUUAAAGCGUUUAAGAACACUUUCAUUGUUUCUUGGUGCAUAAUAUCCAAGUAAACAAUCUCUUUUUUGCUGGACUUGUGCGUCAUAUCAAGCAGCAAUAUGAGUUGGGAAUAUCGACAGCCUUUCGCAACUUUUGUGCGACCCUUCAAUCCACCAUUUCUCACUCGUUUCUAAUUGUUCCGUGAGAAAUCAUAUCAUUUUACAAUCCAGCUGAGUGAUCCUAAUUAGUGUGUAUCAUUAUGUAUUAUUUGGGGCAGGGCCAGUCCUGGACAAAGCUUAACGAAACAUUGAUCUUAGGUCCCCCAAAAAUGUUUUUAGACCCCCAUAUUUACCAAAACAAAUUUUAGCUGAAAUUUUUUAAACCCACUACAGCCCCCUAAAUCUUAGGGCCGGCCCUGUGGGGCACCCAAAUUCACUCGGAUGCUUUGGUUUAGUGGUUUGUAUGCAUGCAUUAUUAACCUGCUAAGUCAGGUACGAUUCUCACUUUUCGGUUUUGAUAUUGAUAAUCCGUAAAAAAUUCGAUCUUAGCUAAACACGUCCACUAAGAAGUUUCACUUCCUUUAUAUGUAUCAUAAAAAAGUAAGUUAAUCCAAACCUAAUUAUUUCCUUUUUUCUGUUAUAAUUACCUUUUUAUCUUUGUUUUCCUUUUCUCUCUAUCUUUGCUGGUUUUGAUUGGUAACAUGAUUUAUAAUUGAUUUAAUUUGAGUUAGAGGCAUAAAUCAAAAAUGUUACCAAUCAUGAUUUAAUUAUAAAUUUUUGAUUUUGUGUUUAAGUUAUAAUGUGGUAAUGUUGAGUUAUAUUUUUGAGUCUUCUUUGUAAAAUCAGUAAAUCAAAUGCUAAACCAACAUCAAAGAAAAGUUGGUGUAUUAGAACUAAUUAUUAAUUUUAUGUAUAAAGUGUUUAUGUGUAUUAGUUUUAAUACAUCAACUUUCUUAGUUUUUAUUAUAAACACUUUAUUAUAAAAUUAUUCUAACUCAUAAGUGCUUAUAAAAAAACUAAGAAAUAAAUAAUUCAUCAAAGUUCUCAUAAGUGCUUAAAAAAUUAUUAAUUAUGUUUGUAUAUAAAGUUGUGUGUUUAUAUGAGAUUGUUUGCUGUUACAUAUAUAAUUCAAAUAUUUAUGUAUCUUUCAUUAUUUUUAGUUUAAUAGAGCUUAAUUUUCUCUAAUAAUUAUUUCUUACUAAAAUUGUAAUAAGGGUAAUCAUUUUGUAUUUAUAAUUUUUAUUUAUUUGAAAUGAUAUUUACUAUAAUUUAUUUAACAAAAAGGUUACCAAUCUUAUAUUGUUAGUAACUAUAAAUUUUAGAAAAUAAAUAUUGCAACUUAUUUUGUCAAAUUUUUAUUUUAUACAUAUUAAAAGAAAAAAUAGUUUUAUUAUUAUUUAUUAAUCUUAAAUGGUAUAAUGUUUUAUUUCUUUUUAAUAAAUUAUUCAUUAAAAAUUGUAAUGCAACUUCUACAUCAAAAAAGUUAUCAGUCAUUAGUUUUAACAAAAUCAUAAUUCAUACUUUUACUGCAAACUUACCACAUAAAAAUACAGAUUUUACCACAUAAUAUUUACUGUAAAUCACAUCGAAAUACAAUACAUACCGCAAAUCAACCUUAAUACUACAUUUCACCAGUCAGAGUUCUCUUUUUUCUCUUAAGUUUAUUUUCUCCGCUACAUGUGUAAGUUUUGUUCUCUUUUUUCUUUUGUUUUCUUUUCGAAAGUUGUAUUAGUUUAGGAAAAUGUUUAAUAAAAACAAACAUAAAACUCUCUUUGGUUUCAUGAAUAGUGUACUGAUGAUUUUUCCUCUUUGGAAACAGAUAUUUUUAAUAAUAUUUUGAUUUUUAUUACAUAUUUUUAAUAUAAAAUAGUUAUAUAUGAGGGCCAACAAUUUUUGAGUGCACUUUAGGCGCCAUUUAUAUCUAGACCAGCACUGAAUGUGACAAACUAUAAAUAUUAUCCAUAUUAGUAUAUGAUUCUAUUGUUAGUAAUCUAUUCGAAUAUUAGACUUGCAAAUGUUUUAGGGAUUGAUAAUCUUGACAGAAUAAAAGAGGAAGAAGACGCAAAACGAGAAUAUUAAAAAAAAAACACUUAGUGCUUAAAUGGAUAGAGAAUAAAAUGAGGGCACACUAUUAUAGUAAGUAUUUGUGGUGUAGUGGUAAAAGGCAUGUUGCAUCAUGUGUCAGCUCAUGACUUCGAGUGUUUUAGAGCUCAUUUUCGGCUAAUUUUUUUUUUUUUUUUGCUUUAAUGAGUUACAAAUGACGAUAUUUUCCAUUAUUAUUAUGUUAUUGCCAUGAUUUCUUCUUCCUUGGCAAACACAAUAUCAGAUCUCGCGUUCAGACGAAGUUCUAUUCAAUGAUCAAAGAUCUCCACUCGAGGAACCUAAUCUUCUUUUCUUUGAUGAUCAUAUCUCUAACAUAGAGAGACUGAAGACGAUAUUACUCCAUAUCAUAGGGUAUGAAGAUGACAUUACACCAACUUUGAAACUAUGAUUCAACUCGCGAGUGUUGAUGUUCAAAUCUGUUUGAUUGACAAUCUAAGGCUUUGUAAUCUUGACCUAACAUGUCAUAAAAAUGCUAUAUUUCGUUUCACUAAAAACAACUCUAAAUGUGUUUUUGAAUCAGUAUUCACUUCUUAUUCAUUAUCUAAUAUGUCUCAUUGUUUAUUUGUUAGGAAUGUUGCUAUUCAUUGUCUUAUCGUUUUGAAAAAAAAGAAGCUUUUGACUUUCUUUUUUCUUUUGGUUGAAUGCAUAUAUCAUUCAGAAGUCACGAUGCUUUCAAUAAAAUAGGCUUUCUGGGCCAUUCAGAUUAACAUGCGGGCUUGUAAAGAAAUUUAAGCUCAACAGCCGAAAUCACUUGAAUAUGUGGCAAAACCUUAUAACAUGAUUGGGUGAUUUUUCCAUCAGACGUGGACAGUCUAUCUGAGGCUCUUAUUCCCCUUUUAUUACUUGUUUGAUGUUUGAUAAUAUGUUAUUUCUUUUAUAUUUUUCAUAGAAGUGAGAGUUACUCUUCCUCAUCUCUCUGAUUCUUACGAGAGAAAUAUAUUUUGAUUUUUUAAAGUUUAACUUUGAUCUAUUCAGAAAGAUUGUAUAGUUACGAUACAAACAUCACCCAAAUUUUGUUCUCAUGUUUUUUUAUUUGUUUAAACCUGUGAAGGGGCUACAUCAACCAAAAUGGAAAAACAAAGUCAUAAUUCGGCAGUUUACCAAAAAAGCUAUCAAGAGAAGAAAAGCAUUUCCUAGAUCGGAGCUCGGCCAAUCGCUCUAGGCAUAUUGGUCUGAGGAUCUGCCAAAAUUAGAAAAAAAAUUGUUACAAAAUUACAAAUUAGAAAUUUUUUUGUUGAAAGUUUAUAAAUUAACAAUAAACAAUACCGUAAAGCUUAGGAGCUAUCCGACUCAGCCAGCUGGGCAUAACCUCCGUGACCUCUCGCUUUUGACUUCCUUGUUGAUAUUAUGGCCAACAACAUUAAAAGCCUAUCACUUGAUCCAUAUGGAAGCUUUGUAAUCAAGAAGUGUCUACAAGUUGGCAUACAGAGAAAUGUCAUCUUUAUCGUUCUUGACAUGAUUGGUCACUGUUUGUGCAUUUUCAAUGUUUUGAAAUGAUGUUGAUAUGAUUAUUAUUGGUUCUUCGUACGUAAUUAAAUAAAUAUAAGACUAUAUAAUUUAGAUAUGAAUAUAUAGAGAUAUUUUGUUGCUAAACAUUAACAUUUCCCACUUGAGAUAUUCACUCACAUAUUCUCUAACGAAUAUUUUUUUUCCACCAGCUCUAAUCUCAAUUGCCGGUUCAAAGCUUUAAACUAUAAUCUCUAUCUCGAAUUAUUGGUCAAAUUCCUCUUCUCAGUCCAUAAGAAAAGAAAUCCAUUAAACUUUUAAAUAUAUUCCUGGUUAGACAUUUCCACUUCAAAGAAAUUUCUACCUAAACUGAUUCUACGUCCCUCAAUCAAAAGAAAACCUUGGCUUCAUGACUGUCAUACAAACCCAUCCAGGACGAUGGUAUUAAUUAUUUCUUCUAAAGGUUUUUUCUAAUGUUAUUGAUUUUCAAACUAUUACAUAAAUCUAAAUCAUUUUGCAGAAGACAUAGAUUUUUGUUUUCUUUUCCUAUUGAUUACGGCUUGUAUAAAAACAUUGAUACUCCUAAAACAUUUUUAGUUAACAAAUUUGACAUUGACAUAAUGAUUUUUCUUGAAAAAAAAGAAGAAGAUUCUAGUUUAUGCCAUAGAGUCAUAGACCAAUCAAUAAAAGAAGUCUCUAUGCCAUCUCUCUUCGUAACUUCCCCUAACCAUUAGUCAUUACCCUUCUCUAUAGGCUUUUCUUUUAAUCCAGCUGCUUCUUCUAGUUGGGCUGCGGGUUCAAUUUUUUUUUUUUUUGAAACUUUGAUAGCAUAUAAUUAAAUGUAGCAAAGGAGUACAAUAUACACCUUAGUAAAACUCAUAUCAAACUCUAACCUCAAAAGAAGUAAUGAACUCAGUCUAGCAGCCCAAUAAAGUCCCUAUAACAAGACGCAAGGUUUGUUAUUGGUACGUGAAUUCUCAUUAAUUUUAAAACUUUUAAAAUUCCAUUGUUAUUGGUUCUUGGAUUUCAAAAAUCUUAAUAGAAUCCAUUGUUGUUGGUUUAAGAAUUUUCAAAAUUAAUUCAAAUCUCUUGUUAUUCAUAAAGUUUAAUUAUUAUUGAUUCUCUAAUUCUAAUUAAAUUUAGUGGUUAUUGGAAGACGAAUUAUAUUCAUUUUUACUUAUAAGAUUCAACUUUCAAAACAUCAUAUGUAUCGAAGUGAUUUUCAAAAUUUAUGUGAAAAAUUAAAAAACAAAUAGUUAUACUUACUAAAUAUCUACUGCACUACAAAUUAUAAUUAAUUAUAUUUUAUAUAUUUUUACAUAUUUUAAAUAUAUAAUUAUUUUAUAUUCUUUUAAUCAUUUUUGAAUAUAUAAUUAUAUUUAUAAAUAUUAAAAAAUCGAAAUAUAUUUUUUAAAAUAGUUUCAAAAAGUCAUUUUGAAUUUUAAAAGAAAAUUUGACAAAAAAUUGAAAAUCAAAAUCGAAUUUUUUGUUAUAAAUUAUAAAAAGCUCAAAUUUAAGAACAUAUACUUCGAAAUUAAAAAAAAAAACUUUUGUACUUAUUUUUUAUUAUUAUUUAUAUAUCUCGAAACCAAUGGGUAAAAUAGUCUUUUGUUUUUUAUGAAACCUCUUUUGAUCAUUUUCCUCUUUGAGUGCUCUUUUUAUGACAACAACUUACAAGAAACCAUUUAAGAGAAUUGCGUAAUUUUGUAUGUAUCACUUUAUUAUUUUUAAUUUGAAAGAAAAUAAAUAAAUAAUAAUGCUAUAUGAUUUAAAAAAAAAUAAAUUAUAUAUUUACUUUACAAAAAGAAUGAUAGAAAAAGGGUAAUGUAAAUUCAUGAAAAUCUAUACCAAUCUAAAAAAUUUAUAAUCAAAUUUCAUAAGUCAAUUUAUAUAAAUUUCCACAAUCUACGUUUUUUUAAAAAAAUAUAUCAACUCUUAAAAUCUACAAACUCUAUACAAAUUCACCUUCCAAUAACCCCCCUUAGAAAGCCAUAAUUUGUAACCGAAGCCCAAUGUAUUACACAAAGCGGCUCAUGGAAAUCUCUGAAUGUUGACCAAUCCAUGCCCAAAGAAAACAGUAGACGACGCUUAGUUUUCUUUACCUCCACAUUGUGAACAAGCGAGAGAAGAGAUAGAAAGAAAGGGAAGGAUGAUGAGAAGAUCAGAACAAUAGCCGUGCUCGGCUAGAAGAUAGAGAGCCAAAGCAUUAUCCUCUCAGAAGCUUGAGUCUGGUUUUUAUUUCAGCUCAAUUCCCUUUUGAAUUGAGCCCGGGGAACGAUGGAUGUUGAAUUUUUCUUUCACACCUGACCUCAUAGAUCGUGGCUUGCCACGCUAAUAAGGUGAGAUAUUUCAGAUUGUUGUUUCUUGAGAAUUAAUAAGACCACUAAGAGUCUCACUCCAUGAAUGUUCCCAUGUGCUAAAUUGUAGGGAGGGUCCAAAUUGUGUUGGAGAAGGAGCACUAAAAGAAGAGGUGGUCUCUAGUUUCAUGAUGAGAUUAGCUGAAGAGACACACCGAAUCACUUCCAAGUCCCCAUGAGAGCAUCCUGUCCCUUGUGGGACAACAGUUCAAGAGGAACAACCAAGCCAUACAUUUGUGGAAUAUCUAUUUGGCGAUUCAAAAGCCGAUUAGGGCUAAGCGGAGUGAAAAGAGUUUUCAAUGAGACGUUUAGUGAUUCCUUUCUUAACCCAAAUCACUUUGGCCCAAUCCACCCAGAGGUUUUUUUAUUUUCAACAAUUGUAUAUCAAACUGGAUUCGAAAGUAGGAAUAGAUCGACCUUGAACUUGCCAGAUUAGGGAGUCAUCCGCGUCAGAGACUUCGAUAGUGGUCAUGUGAAUCUGAAGAUCUUCUAAACGGGGAGAUCCAAGAAUCAUUAAGCCAAAGAGAAGCACGCGACAGAUAGGGGAAUCCUAGUUAGCUGCGGACAACUCGAACCAAUGAAAUCAAUCAAAGGGCCAAAGUCUGACCCUGGAUCAGUCCAAAGUAAGACUCUAAUCCAUUGAAUUAUCUUACUCCUAAGCUGCAAUAAUUGUUUGAAAGCCCAAAAAUGACUUUGUUUUUUUUUAAUAUCCCAGAUUGAGUUGUUUUUUAUGAUAUUGGUUUUGAUCCAAGAAACUCAAACUGAAUCAGUUUAAAUAGAAGGAGCCAUAACAGUUUUAGCGAAUAUGUAUAGUUCCAAACUCUUAGAGCAUGAUUAAUGCCGGUCUAAUAGAAUGAGAUUCUUAACGUGAUAUAAAAUAUGGUCUCUUAAGUUUUAAUUAAAAAAAUUAAAAAAAAAAACCAUCCCAAAGAGGUUGGAACUUAUCGCUAAAAACCAAAUAGUGAGGCCAACAUAUCUAGGGCACGUGUUAGACUUAGAAAAGAAGCGCCAAUAUUGGUUCACUUUUCUCCACCAUUCAAUAUGUUGUAUGCAUGCAAUUUUUAAUUUUUGUUGGAAACUUGAAUUAUCUACGUACUGCUUUGUGUCCAACGAUGAAUGUUUUCUUAUUCAAUUUAUGGUGGAUAUUUCGUUUCUUAUUUGCAAAUGGUAAAGGAUAUUCUCUUUCUACUACUGCUUCUAUGUUUCUUAGUUGUAUGUUUAAAAGUACGUAGUACUAGAAUUUGAUCCACGUACUUGUGGAAUGUUUGUUUUAGGUUAUUUAAUCAGUGUUUUAUAUAAUUUUGGUAUUAUAUAUUUUGUGCAUUUACCCGUAUUAAAUUCUGGUAUUAUAUACAAAACAAAUUUAUUAUUGAUAUUAUUAAUUUUCUUUAUUUUAUCUAACCAUCAAUGGCAUUAAUUGUUUGUUUAUAUGCUCCAACAUUCGACAUGCCAGAGCUUUGGAAUGGACUGCAAGGAGAUGAUUGCAAUGUUAAAAGAGCCCCAGGUUUGGCGAAGCUUUGCGACGGAGCUGGAAAGGAUGGAGACGCUCCAUAUUUGCUUUCUGGAGUUCAAUAUCACUUAUGUUCCACAAGCGCGAAAUCAGUUCUCAGAUUUUUUAGCCAAGACUGCUAGAUCGUUCCAUAGGGAGUUAUAUUUUAUUGGUUGUUCUAUCCAGGUCUGGUUACCCAGACCACCUCAAGCUUGAGUAAUAGAAUGGCCUUUUGACGUCAAAAAAAUAAAAUGUGCAAGUUGAAAUUAUUUGCUUUUAAUUUGAGAGUAGAUAAAAUCAAAAAUCAUCCUAUGUUGAAUAGAAGUUUGGAAAACAACAACUUUUUUUUUUGUAACUGGCUUUCAAUUAAAAUUGCAGAAAAAAAAUGUUACAAGCCGUUUAAGACUUAAGUUACAUGGGUCGAGCCCAUCCAAGUUUGUUAAAUAGAAGGAAGUAAAUUUAACCAAAUACGUAAAAGCCCAAGACAUUUAAGAAGCCCAGCAGCAGUCCUAAUUCUCCUUCUUCCCUUUCCUCGCCUUCGAUUCCAUCGAUCAUGAAGCCGUAGCACAAACAUGAAUCUUUGUUUACUUGGAGAGUUCUGUGAUGUUCCUUAUCGGGUUGGCUCCGUGGCAAACCAGAGCGCCAUCAAGUUCGAAGAAGUCACCGGAUUUGAGUCUCGGCGGCUGUUCCUCUCCACCCAAAGUGCAUACAGCUUCGCUUGGAAACAUAAGUAGGCAAGACGUCGCACCAGUUUCCUCCCCUUAGUACUUGCAUAUUAUUGAGCGUUGUUGUCCAAUCUCUUCUAGGAGAAACAGAGCAUCUAGUUGCAAUUGCAGUCCAGAUACAAGAGAUCAAUGCAAUUACUCAGAGGAAGUCGUAGGCAAACAUCAUCUUUCCAAGGUACUGUGGCACUUCUUCUGUGGCAUAUGUGAGCAUUGGUUUACAUCUGAGUAAUUUGUAUAAUUUUCCAGACAACAUCUUUCCAAGGUACUGUGGCACCACUUCCUCUGAGUAAUUUGUACACUUCUCAUGUGGCAUAUGUGAGCAUUAGUUUACCCUCCAGCUCCCAUUCAUAGUUAUCAUCCUCAUCUGUUAGUACAACCGUUGUGAGAUAAGCGUAUAACUGUAGUUGGUUUUCCGAUCUUGCAGGUGGCAACCACCAAGCAUCUUGGUUCCAGAGACUCCGUAGAGUAGCAUUCCUACAUAUACCAAGCCUUGAGGAAGCACGGUUUGCCAAGAAGGAGUCUAAGCUUCCAAACGGCGACCAGUUAUCUGUCCAGAACCUACAAGUAAGUCCAUUCCCCACUCUAAGUUUGAUCCAAUUGUAGAUUAGAGGCUUGGACUUUAGAAGUUUAUUCGCUAGCCAUGAGUUGUGUCUGCUAGGAUUAGUAGUCCAGAGGUUUCUCAAAUCUCCAUGUAGGAACUCUUCUUUGAACCAAGCUACCCACACCGAACCUGCCCUGAAGAAAAGCAACCAGAUUAGUCUAAGAAUUGUAGCUUUGUUCCCGGUUAGUAGAUCUUUAACUCCUAGUCCUUCCUCCUCUUUAGGCCGGGUUACAACAUCCCAAGAUACCCGAGCAGCAUUAUUACUGUCAACAUCUCCUUUCCAAAGGAAGAUACUGCAGAGGGAGUUGAUCCGGUUAAUGCACGCUUUAGGUAGGAAAAAUGAAGAGCACCAGAAAUUGGUAAUGCCUGCUAUAACCGUUUUUAUCAGCAGAAGGCGCCCAGCAAAGGAGAGAGACUUAACACUCCAGGAGGAUAGUCGUUCCUUACUAUCUGAAUAAGCUGUUCACAGUUUGCUUGACUCAGUUUUUUGGUGCAGAGGGAGACUCCAAGAUACCUAAUUGGGAGGAUAGUCGUUCCUUACUAUCUUAAUUUAAUUUUGUCAUACUUAGUUCUAUGUAAUGUUUUUAUUUUAAAAUGAUAGAUUAUAACUGUAAAACAAAUAAAACAGGAUGGAGUUCCUCUUCACUGUACUUCCUGGUCCUCAUUCAUCACCGCCGACGAACUUCAGCCACGUUCGAGCGCAAGCCGUCACGGUUUGUCUUCUCCUUCGCCGCAAAAUCAUCAGAACAACUUCCUCAUCCACGUCGUUCUUUGAACCUCAACCAAGUUCAAUUGCGGUUUGUCUUCUCCUUCGCCAUGAAUAAACACGGCCAAGCUUCCUCCUCCACGUCGUGCUCCGUAACUGAUCCGCCUCGCGCUGUGACAAUAAUAAAAGAAGAAGCAAGAUCUAUGUGUUUGUUGUAGAAACAGAGUCAUUAAGAAUUUGAAAUCGGGUCUUAAACGAUAUUUUUACAUGUUUAAAGGUGUAACAAGCAAGAAAAAUGUAAAAAAAAACUAAUGAUUAAGGUGAAAUAAUGGCUGGCGGCCAUAAAGGGGAAUUA